AUGUGCGAUGCAAAGGAUUUCUACAAGGAUGCAGUCAUUUUUGUCACAGGCGCCACUGGCUUUGUGGGCAAAACUUUGCUGGAAAAGUUGCUUUGGAGCUUUCCCCAAAUCGCACGCAUUUAUAUGCUGAUACGUGAAAAGAGUGGUCGUACGGUGGCGCAACGUUGUCAGGAUUUUGUACAACAUAAAAUCUUCGAACGCUUGCGUACGCAUUUUCCGGAGCGUCUAGAGAAACUGGUCUAUCUCAAGGGUAAUAUUGAGUGUGAUGAUUUCGGCUUGUGCCCCACUGAUCGCACUCAGCUUUGUGCGCAUGUGCAGAUUAUUUUUCACAGCGCUGCUACAGUUCGCUUCAAUGAACGUUUAAAAGUAGCCGCCCGCGUUAAUGCCAUCGGCACUUGGCAUCUUUUGGAGCUGUGCAAGGAAAUGCCAAAGUUGAAGAGUUUUGUCUAUGUUUCAACAGCAUACUGUAAUCCUGGUAGAAAAUUUGUCGAUGAGCUGAUAUACCCCACACUGCCGCCUGUCAAUUGGAAAAUGUUCGUUGAUUGCACCAAUAAAAUACCGGAUGCCUACUUCAAUAGUUUGGCUAAUUAUAUAAAAGGUCCCCAUCCGAAUACCUACACCUUUACCAAAUCGAUAGCCGAGCAAAUUGUGAAUGAAUACAAACACUGCAUACCAAUUGUCAUCGUACGACCAUCGAUUGUGACAGCAGCACAUCGUGAACCCUAUCCUGGUUGGAUCGACAACAUACAAGGCAUCACUGGCAUAAUGAUGGAAAUCGGAAAGGGUACAAUUAGCAGCAUAUUGGGUGACAAAGAUAUCAUUUGCGAUAUAAUACCAGUCGACUUUGUGGUGAACUCACUGUUAUUGAUGGCACAGAAAGCAACACUGGGAAGAGUUUACAUAGCUAAUGCAACAUCGGGUGUCACAAAUCCCAUCACUUGGGCGCGUCUGGGUUGUCUGACACUGAAAUGGUCGCGCAUUUAUCCAACUAAACGUAUAAUGAUGUAUCCGAAUUUUAAAUAUCGAAAAAGUUUUCUGCUGCAUGAAAUUGCCGUAAUUUUGCUGCAUUACGUGCCAGCGCUGUUAAUGGAUUUGCUGACACUUUUAAGACAGAAACGAAAAUUUGUGCUGCCAAUUGCGAAAAAAUUUCGACAAGCUUGUCUAGCAGGUCGCACGUUCUCGCUAAAUGAAUGGAUUUUCAAAAAUCGUAGUCGUUACUAUUUUGAGGAAUUGCUACAAAAUAAGGCUUUGCAUCAACUCUCUUGGAACUUGGAAGCACUGGACUAUGACAGUUAUAUAAGAGAAUUUGUUAUUGGCAUACAAAAGUAUCUGCAUCACGAGCAAUUUCAUGAGAGUGCCAGUAGAUGGAGAAUCACGCGCCUCUAUUGGAUCUGGACAUUUCUGCACGUCUUUGUACCACUCCUGACUGUAUAUUGCUUGCUAUAAAGUAAUCCUAACAAUGUUGGCGAGA